AUGUUUUCAACAGCACCGAUGUGCACGGACAGCUGUACAGCAGAAGGCAGUACUGAUCCGGACUCACAGCCAACCACAGCAAGGACACCAAGUUCACAGGAAGAGGAACUAAAUUCUUCAGCGCUUUUUUUAGCUCCAGUAUGUAAUUUUAUCAUUGAAACAUUCUUCUCGCAGUGUUAUGCUGUCAUUUUCACACUUUAUUCGGUGAACUGUGCUGAUCAGGAUGCGCGGUACUGGGAACGGAUGGUUAAUCUGAAUGCUUUUACUGAUGUUAAGCUGCUCGCCUUCCUCGAAAUUAAUCGGGAUCUCUGGCCGAUUGAUAUUGAAAACGCAGACGACCUGGAGACUCCUCUGAUCCGCGCUACUGCUCGCAAAAAAUUCUACAAAUCAGCAAUUCGAAUGCUGCAGCAAAUCAGCUCACACUCCAAUCCUACCUCAAAACUUGCCGUCUUGGCGAACACGUUCACCGAAAUCUGCGCUGUUAGUUCUCAUUUAUAA